GCCGUUCCGCUGAGUGCGGUUGUAUACGGGCUGUACGAUCGUGUGUUAUUGAAAAUUAUUGCGAGAUUUUAUUGUUUUUCUCAUUGCACCGGUGGUUGUCCGCUAUCGCUAGCUAUCAGCUAUGGCGGACGAAGAAAAUUGUGAUGAUGUUGUUGAUCCAAAGGCGGGGCAGGCUUUUAAGCUGCGAGGCCGUAAAGGAGCACUGAAGAAGAAGAAUGUUUACCUGGUGAAGGACCACAAGUUCAUGCCGAGGUUCUUCAAGCAGCCAACAUUUUGUUCCCACUGCAAGGAUUUUAUAUGGGGUUUCGGAAAACAAGGAUUCCAAUGCCAAGUGUGCAGCUUCGUGGUCCACAAGAGAUGCCACGAGUACGUGACUUUCACGUGCCCUGGGGCCGACAAGGGCGCCGACUCAGACGACACCCGCACGAAGCACAACUUCAAGGCGUACACGUACUCGUCGCCCACCUUCUGCGACCACUGCGGCUCGCUGCUCUACGGACUGCUGCAUCAGGGCCUCAAGUGUCAAGCAUGCGAUAUGAAUGUGCACCAACGCUGCGAGGAAUCUGUUCCGAAUCUGUGCGGCUGCGACCACACCGAGCGACGUGGUCGUAUUCAACUCUCCGUGUCCAUACAAGGCAGCAAGCUUACUAUUGUUGUGAAGCAGGGCAGGAACCUUAUCCCAAUGGACCCGAAUGGCCUAUCUGACCCUUACUGCAAACUUAAGCUGAUACCAGACUCGGAUGGUGUGAAGAAGAAAACAAAAACCAUCCGCAGCUCAUUGAAUCCAGAGUGGAACGAGACUCUAGUAUUUGAUUUGAAGCCAGAAGAUAAAGAUAGGAGGCUCCUUCUAGAGAUAUGGGACUGGGAUCGUACCUCCCGCAAUGAUUUCAUGGGCUCCUUGUCCUUCGGCAUAUCCGAGCUCAUGAAGGCGCCUGCUGAUGGCUGGUUCAAAUUGCUAACCCAAGAGGAGGGAGAUUAUUACAAUGUUCCAGUACCGGAAGAGGGGGCGGAUCUGGCGCAGCUCAAGAAUCAGAUGAAGGCCACCAACUUGGGCGCUCGCAGGCCCCCACCCCCGCCCGAUAGGGAGGUGCCGCACAACAUGGCGGCCGCUGACGUCAUCAGGGCAACGGACUUUAACUUUAUCAUGGUCCUCGGAAAGGGAUCUUUUGGAAAGGUACUGCUAGCGGAGCGUCGCGGCACGGACGAACUGUAUGCCAUCAAGAUCCUUAAGAAGGACAUCAUCAUCCAGGACGAUGAUAUAGAGUGCACCAUGGUGGAGAAGCGGGUACUGGCGCUCAGCAGCAAGCCACCCUUCCUCGUGCAGCUGCACUCCUGUUUCCAGACCAUGGACCGGCUGUACUUCGUGAUGGAGUACGUCAACGGCGGAGACCUGAUGUUCCAGAUACAGCAAUGCGGCAAAUUUAAGGAGCCUGUCGCUGUAUUCUACGCGGCGGAGAUCGCCGUAGGUCUGUUUUUCCUGCACUCCCGCGGGAUCAUCUACCGCGAUCUGAAACUGGACAACGUUCUGCUCGACCAGGAUGGACACAUCAAGAUUGCCGACUUCGGCAUGUGCAAGGAGGGCAUCACCGGCGACAAAACUACCAAGACCUUCUGCGGGACUCCAGACUACAUCGCACCGGAGAUCAUCUUAUACCAGCCGUACGGGAAAUCUGUAGACUGGUGGGCCUACGGAGUACUUCUGUACGAGAUGCUCGUGGGGCAGCCGCCUUUCGACGGAGAGGAUGAGGAAGAACUAUUCGCGGCCAUCACUGAUAACAGUGUCUCAUAUCCGAAGACGUUGAGUAAGGAAGCUAAAGACGCAUGCAAGACCUUCCUGACGAAGCUGCCAGCUAAGCGUCUUGGAUGCGGGCCGCGUGGCGAAGAGGACGUGCGCACUCAUCCCUUCUUCAGACGGAUCGACUGGGCCAGGAUCGAGGCGCGGGAUGUGCAGCCUCCCUUCAAGCCCAAGAUCAAACACCGCAAGGACGUGUCGAACUUCGACAAGCAGUUCACGACGGAGAAGACGGAGCUGACUCCCACUGACAAGCUGUUCAUGAUGAACCUCGACCAGACCGAGUUCAUGGGCUUCUCCUUCCUGAACCCCGAGUACGUGCAGCACGUCUGAGCUGAUCUUUACCCCUUCCAUGAUACUCUUCUACGGUUGACCGACGUAUUGGCCUUGAAACUCCAACUAUCGUCUGUCUCUAUCGCUCUCACGGUAAAUCGUAUCUCAUGCCUCUACAUCUACAUUUAGAUUCAAGCUCUAACCGCCACGUUUCGGAAGUACUUCGGGAGUUGGGUGCUCAUUUCUGUCAUUAGUUUUAACUUUAAUUUACUUGUGGUAUUAUUAUUUGGUUCGCGGUACGUAAAAAGAUCACUGGGCGGUAGUGGUGGGGAUACGAGAACUGCGCUUUAGGUACAGUCACGCAAGAAAUUAUUUAUGAAUUAAAUUGUUAUUAAUAUUAUGUUCUGCAGUUGUUAUGAAACAUUUUUUUAUUUUUACUUGUCCGUGCUAUUUCAGAAACGCCGUGAUAAAAUUACUAUGAGACUGUACUGUACAAAAACAACUCAAGUGCGGGAUAAAAUGUUACACUAACCGGCCAAUAGCGUGUCGUUAUUAAACCGCAGUGUAUCUCUCCCCACCGCACUCCUUACCGCCAAUUUGGUCGACAAAUCGUUACUGCGCUCUUCUAUCGCCUAUGGUAUUUUUAUGCCGCGAUACCUAUGCCAAGUAUUAUUUUUUAAUUUUUACUAUAAUUAGGCGUCACUGCCAAAUAUUAUAUGGCAAUAAUUUAGCAAUAUUUUGAACAUUGCUCUCUAACUUAUUUAUUUGUUUAGUCUAUGUUUUGUGUUUUAUGUUCUUUAUUACUAUGUGCCAUUAUCUUGGGGCCACUCGAUAACACAUUAAGCUCAUGGCGUUAUAAUCUCUACGUAAUAGUAAUAGAAUCUAUGUCUGUGUGUUACAUAUCAGUGUGUGUGUUUAAGUGUUAUUUAAGUGUUGAUUGUUAGUUAUUUGUUUUAUUGUUAUAAUUUGAUAGUAAGUAUAUUGUUUUAUAGACUCUGUUAUUUUUGUAUAUUUUAUGAAUGUUUGGAUGUCUCUCUUGUAAUAAUUUUUAUCGAUGACUUUUUACUUGAAAAUGUUUUGUUUGCGACUUAGUUGGUAAGAUAAAAUGGUAUUAGAUUUUAAUGUUCUUUAAAUUAUCUAAUGCGAAGGUAUGUUGAUUAUAAAUAGCCUUACUAACAUAAAAUAAAAUGAUAAAUAAAUUAAUUAAUACUUACAUUUAAACUUAUGAUGUAAUCUCGCUAGUGUAAAUGUGAAUUUAAAGAAACGGAAAAGCAUUUGAUUCUAAAUUUGAAAUGUAAAGUAAUAAUUUAAAUAUGAAUUUAGCUCUAUUAGUGUACUAUUCUUCAAUAUAAUAUUCACUACCUACUCGCUUACUGAAUGCUGACGGAUUUGCGCGUUAUAAAGAUAUUAAUAGAUUAGAAUGCAGAUGUUAUGUUUAAGAAACUUCAAACUUUUGUAUAAAGACAAGGAUACAAUCACGGCAUUGCAUUAAAGAAAAUGGAACAGAAUUAUAACCAAUAAUACUAAGGUCAACUAACAACCGUUCACGCUUUCAUUUCAAUGUGAGUUCCUGAAUCUCUCUUUGUGGAGGUGACCUAUAUCAAGUGGAGCCCACUUGGACCGCAAAUGACUAGAUGAAAAUUUGAACGGUGACAGCGAAUUAGUAGCCCUGUAAAGAUGUUGAUCCCGAGUAUGUACAAGAUUAUCAAUUUAACAACGGCAAAACUUUAAUAAUGAGUAUUGUGCACAUACAAUUUAUAAAUUGGUCAGGUUUAUUACAAUUGUGAAUGUCGACAACGGUGAGCUUUGUUGAGAAGAAGUGGCAGGAAACUCAUUGCCACUCUUUUGAAUGAUCAAAGCACUGGGCAUCACUGCGUACCCAUUUUGUGGAUUGGGUGCUAUUAAGCGAGGAACAUACUCGAACUUCAAAAGCCGGCAACACAUCUCCAAACCCUCUCGCAUUGCGCGUCUUAGCAGCGGUUAUCACUUAACAUCAAGUAGCCUGCAUCAUCCUUUGCUGCCAGAAUGGUUUAUUUAUAUUUAUAUAAUUUAUAAUUGCCUAAUAGCAAGUGAGAUAGUUCGAUCACCACGUGUUUGGUCUCGUGCAAAUCCGUCGGCACAAAUUACACAAGGCGUUGUGUAUUCAUUUGUGAUGGAGGCGUCGGACUCGCUGUUAAAUACUUAUGAUGUGGCCUUUUGGAACCGAGGAGUUCCGUCGGCUGUAGGGUCGGCAAAACAAGCUGGCAUCGAGACUUCGCAAUUAGACAUUUUCGCAGUUCAGAAUUUUACUCUUUUUUAAUUAUAAAGUAAUUGAGUGCUAACGCUAUGUCACUCUAGCCUUUACUAUAUUAUCGUAAGCUAAUUGUUGAACAAUCAAUUCAUUGUUCAAGGUUAAAUUCUAUUGUAUAGGUAGGUGUAGAACAGAUCGACCAUUUCGAAAAAAGAUGUACGUAAUCAUAUUAUGAACAAUUUUUCUGAAAUAUUUGAUUUAUUUGAUCGUACUACCCGGUUUACAUUAUCUGUGGACCUCACGACGAUCACGUCACAUCGUCGCUUUGUGUGUGUGUGCUGUACGGUGUGCAAAACAAGCAUCACUAGGAUAUUAUUAUUUAUAAAUUAAUUAAUACGAUUAAUUUUGUCAGUAUUAUAGAUUGAUAUAAACGUGUUGAUAAGCUUCUUUUAGAUUAUUUCGCUUCUUUUUUGAACUAAACUGUACUUCGAGCGUCUUUCACUAGAGAUAUUGCAAUAUAUUGAAAUUAAAACAGUAAGUUGUGAAGUCUCCAACUAACAUUGAACUCAAGAACGAAAGGUGACGUUACCCUCCAUCACUAUGAACCGAUUGCUUUAAGAUUUUCCAUUUGAUAAAACUUUAAUAGCUUCAUUGAUAACACUCGAAUAAUCUAGUUAUAAGUGAAACACGUAAGUCUUUCUCGCUCGUAACCGUCAAUAAAUGGUUAUGCCAUAUUGCUUUAUAUGUAGGUGUACAUUCUUAUUGCAAAAUGAAAAAUACAUUGGUUAAUAAUUUUAAAAGCGAACGAGCAAUCUUUUUGGAUUGGCUAUUCAUGACGAGACAUUUAAAUUGGAUUUUAAAUACACAGCUUUGCGACUUUAAAGUAUGUACGUAGUGUCCAAACCAUAAACUUAGUAUACUACCGAUUAUUUAGGCAAACCCUGUGUGAAAGUGAGAAAACUAUCCUUACACAAAAACCUAGGUGUGAGAAAUAGAUGAAGACCAUGAAACCGUUUUGAAACAAUUUAGUGUCCAUUAGUCAACUGUCAAAUUUGUCAUAGAGAUUGACCAAAAACAAAAUACUGCAUACUUCACUAACUCAUUAAUACAUCUUUAUAACUAACACACAUAAGAACAUUUUAAAUUUAGUCUCGCCGUAAUGAGGAGAGUGUUUGUCUAUUACGGUAGUAUACUAAGUUUAUGGUCCAAAUGACAGUGUUGUGUCAAACAGUUAAUGUUUGUCACAAUACUGUUAUUGUUUAAAUGAUUGUGUUUUUAUAGAACCUGUAUGCGAAGUCGUUUCGUGAAUAGCCAAUUAUAGUCAUAAGACAUUAAUAUUAUGUUCCUAAAAUAAUUUUCUAGCAGUUCAAAUGUUAAUCCAUAGGCGGGCGACGAGGCUAUGCUAUACAUCAACAUGUUUGUGACCAAACUUAUGAGCUUAUAACACGUGCUUAUUUUUUGGACUACUACUUUCUACUUUUCUAAAGUGUAUCUCGUAAAUCUUCCAAUAACUAUGUAUAGCAUGGCGGUUUAUUCGUCGCGAAACUACCGCGAGUGGGAGAAAUUUGACAUAAUAUAAUGAUCUACUAUUUACUACCAUAGUGUUGCUAGCUAUGCUAAUUCUUCCCUUUGACUUGGUCAGAUAAUUAGUAAGUUUUGAACUUUAGAUAUUUACAUAGAUCUCACGUGUACAUAAGCACGACUUCUGCUAAGAUAUAUUGUAAGCUAAGUAUUCUCGGAUUGUGUUGACAAAGCAAUAUUAUUUAGAUAGAGAGGCAUUGGGUUCCGCACUCAAUGGUUCGUGUGUUGUAUUAAUAUGAUAUUAUUUCCUUAUGCAUAUUAAUACUGUGAGUGAUAAAUUAUUUAUUAUAUAAUAAUAACCACAAAUCGCAGUUGAUAAUAACUUAAUUGAUCACUCGAUUGAUCAAUCAGGACCUUAACGUCUGUAAUGAACUUUGAAAGAUUUCUACUCCUGUGUCUAUAUUUGUGCUGUUUUCAUGGUGUUAUAAUUAAAAAUGGACUCAAUUUCUCUAAAUUAUAUAAAGGUGGUCAUUUAAAUAUGCAAUUAUAUAUUAUGAUUAAUUAUUAUGAAAAGAUUUAAAAAAAUAUAUAUAAAAUGGAAAAACAGCUUACAAGCUUAAGGUCCUUAUACACAGUCAAUAAUUAGUUCAAUCACCACUGUAAAUAUUAUUAUUAUAUAUUUAUUUUAUUUAGUUAAAAUAGCACCAUAAUAUAAAGAGUUGUACCUUAUUAUUUAUAAAUGUGUCUCAUCAUGUUACAAUUUUUAUCUAUUGACUUUGUAGAACUCUGUUAAUGCAUUUUGAACUCUGUUUCUAUAUGUAGUGGUGAGAUUUUGAAGUUAUCCUCGAUAUAUUUUAGAUAUAUAGGCCUAAUUGUCACCUUGUUUAGACUAAGCCCGUAGGUGAUACAGGAUUUUAGGAUUACAUUUUGUCUCUUUGUAUUAAUUAUUAUACAUUUUAAGACGUUUUUCCAAUAUUCACGUCACUUGUGCCAAAAGUAUUAACUUUUUCCCCAAAAAUUAGUAUUAUUAUCUGUCCUUUUUAAUAUUAUUACAAUUUUAUAUAAUCUUAAGACUUGCCAGAUAGUUACCCCGACUUGUGAUCACUUUUACUUAAUAUAUUAUCAAUAAUACCAUUAAUUAUAUAAUCAGACAGAAAUCUCCAGACUACUAUAUAUACCCAUCUUUGUAUAAUAUGUACACUGGCAAUUCUUAAAAUGAGUAUUUUAAAUGAUUCUCACAUUAAAUUUUGUAAAUGCACUUUUUGUUAGAAUUAAAUGCAUAGUGAAUUCAAAUUAUAGUUUUACUUGCUAAGUACUCGACGGGCUCUUUAACAUUGAAAUUUUGCUGUAACAUACGACUCGUGAACUGGGUGAGAUCAUCGGAUUGAACUUACUACUAAUGUUCUGUAUUUUUUCGAUCAAUGUUUAUGUGCUUGCAAAACUCAAUCAUCCAUACAAAUAAACUUGGUAUAAAGUUAUACCUGAGGAUAAACCAAUAAUGCAAAAAUGUUGAUUAUAUCACUGACAACACUGUCAAUACAAUCAUUAUUCUGAAGUUUGCCGAAUGUCAAGCACCCUUGCAAAUAAACGCGGAAAACGUUAUACGUCCGAAUAAACCAAUCAUAAGCAAAAUGUAUAUUUGUAAUUUUUUUUACAUAUUCUUGGUUUAUUCUCUGGUUUAAUUUAUACCAAGUUUUUUUGUAAGGCCGAAUGAUUAUAAUACACAUGGCAAUAAAGAAUUCACUUCUGGGGUCAAAUAUACUAUCAACUAUAAAAUGUAUCCGAACCACAACUCGAGAGUACAAACAUCAAAAUUUUGAUACAUGGAUAAAGUGGCUGUUCACCAGGCUCCUUUGCACAGGAUGCCGGCUAGACUAUUUCUGCCGUGAAGCAGCAAUGUUUAAACAUUACUGUGUUUCGGCCUGAAGGGCGCUGUUGCUAGUAAAAUUACUGGGCAAAUGAGACUUAGCAUCUUAUGUCUCAAGGUGACGAGCGCAAUUGUAGUGCCAAUCAGAUUUUUUGGGCUUUUCAAGAAUUCUGACCGGCACUGCAUUGUAAUGGGCAGUGCGUAUCAAUUACCAUCUGCUGAACACCUUGCUCGUCUCGCCCCGUAUUUUCAUAAAUCAAAUAUAGGGUCGCGAGUUUCAAUCUCUCAUGGUCCAUGAUGUCCAAAAUAGAAACUACACUUUAUAUAUUCACGUACGUCCGUUUGAGAAUCACCAUCAAAUAUUUGUUUAUCUUUGAAUGUUCCACAGCGAUUCAUUGUGAUGGGUAAACUAAGACUAAGCCGAAGGAAUAGUUUAAAAGUAAAUGCUAUAAUUUGAAUUAUCUUUGCAGUAUAGCGUUCUUUACUUAGGACCUGUUCAGACCACACUUGACAAUAUUCUUAUAACUAAUUAUUAAUAAUAACACUAUUGUACUUGUAAAUGCUCCUUGUAACUAAGCUGUCUUCACCUCUGACCUGCAAAAUUGUCAGUAUUAAGUUGGAUAUUACCAUCGCGUAAUGCGGGUAGCGCGAUAUUUUUUUUACCUUAAUCAUUGCAUGGAAACAUGAAGAUCAAAGUUUUUAAUGUUUCACAGCGAUGCUCUUAAAAAUUAUACAAAUAAAAAAGAAUAGGUACAUAACAUUACACAGAUUAAGGAUUGGUCUCCGCUGCGCUCCAACUAGAUACCGCAGGCGUAGUCGCAAAAUGCGGCAACUAAUACUACGCCCAAGUGGGCGUACUCACACCAGUCUUCAACAAUGUGUGACGUUGACGUCUGUUCUAUUAAACUUUGGUAAUAAUUGAAACUAAAAUACCGGGUUUCGUAGUUAAACUGUGUAAAAAUAAUACUACAAGAAAUAAUAAAGACACUGGGAGCACAUAUCAUCAGUAAGUAUUUUGUAUUUUAUUUAUUUCAAACUAAAAUAACACAAAGCAUAUAAUAUAAGUUGCAAAAUUUGAAAGUUGCCAUUUAAUGUCAAGAUAAAGUUGCCACAAUAUAAAGUUGCCGUAGUAAAAAAGCUAUUGUUCUUAGGCAGUGCGGUAUGUAGUUGGAGCGCGGCGGAGACCAAUCCUUAAUGUUAUGUUCAUAACUCAUAUUUCUUAUUAGCAUAAAUUUAAAAAGGAAGCACUGGACAGGUUGUCCACUAUCAUAUAUCUCUGUGGUUUUGAAAUUCUCUUCAUAAUUUUUUUUUAUUGUAGAUUCAAUAUAUUAAUGUGUAUCUAAAAAUAACAUUUUUAUGAUACGUAGCAUUGAAUCUGUAGCUUUUGAAUGAAUGCUAGAUUGUAUAGCAAAUGAAUUUUAUGAUAUAAAAUUGUAAAAGUACAGUCGUAUUAUCACAUGCUAUUUAUGGUAACCAGCGACAUUAUUUGACAUUUAGUCUCUAUAAUUGGACGUAAUUCCAAAAAAACGCUCCAAAUCACACUAAUUUCGAAAUUGAGUUAAGAACACAAAACUGGUCACGUGAUUCAUAUUCACGGACUGCCAAAAAAUGGCAACCCUACUGUCACUGUUUAAAUGACAUCAUGACUUAGUAGCCCAUCCCACAUGUAUGGAAUACACUAAUAUUCAAUAAACUUUAAACACGAAUUCCUUAAAAUGUGAUGUUUGUGGCUUGGAACGUUUUUCAGGAACUAUGUCCAAUUGAAGUACCUACUUUUUCACAACACGCGUCUUACAGCGGCUAUUCAUUAAAAAUGAAUGUCACUUGACACUGACAGCUGUCAAAUGAUAUAUAAAUUAUUGACAUACCUCUACUCUACUACUUCGACUGCAUUGAAUCGUUGCAUACGACCCUUAAUACAUCGCACCAAAUAAAAGUUAGCAAAAAGCGUGCAUUUUUUUUAUUAUUUGUUGUAGUAACUUUAUAUAUCCGUACAAUAAACCUAGAUUGAAUUUUUGGAAGCUUUCGCUUCUUUAAUUAUCUUUAUAAUAGAUAUGACUAAUAAUGUAUUAAGUAGGUGGUAAUGACAAACCUACGUUAAAAACCUAGUAACAACUAUCUUAUACUUGGCACAUCGUGUAUAUGGUUGAAUCAUUGAGAAGCGGGCAGGGUUUAACGUAAUUCAUAAAUGUCAUUAGCUAUAUCUGUUGGUGGAUUGUAGUCGAACUUAGAAACUUCUAAAGAAUAUUAUGUAUAUACACGACAGUAUUCAUUAUAAACGAACCCGCAGUCCUGUAGAAAUCAACAAUUUAAAUGAAAUGCGCAUCUCCGAACAAUACAAAGUUGCAACACAACUCGCAAUUUGCUCCUUCUAUGCGAUUUAUUAUUCUGUGAUUUGAAUCUUAUGUCCGUAAUUGUUUCGCACUCAAAUAUUUUGUUUGCUUUGAGGUCAGGCAGACAUCUAGGGUGAUGGCCAAGUUUGGACGUGAAGAUUUGGUCGCAUUUUUUAAGGCAGCCGAUUUUCUAUGACCAAAACUUGCAAAAUAUUUUGUAUAACAUCUUUCUUUUUCUGGUUAUUAAUCACUAGGCUUUUCAUAUGCAUCGUUAUUUUAAUAAGCAAUUGUAUGUGAAGUGAAACUAUGUGAAGAUAUUGCCUUGUUUAGUAGCUCAUGAAAAAAUCUGUGAAUCACUUUGAGUCACCUAGCGGAGGUGAAAGCAAUAUUUGUGUGCAGAAUUUUAUUUUAUAAAACAUUUAUUCGUUCUUCAUAUUCACUAUUAAUAUCUUAAUUAAAACAAUUUGGGAGUCAUAACCUUCGAAAAGACCAUUUAUUUUUUACCUAUACAAGGAAAAGAACAAAUGAAAAAGAAACACAAUAUAGAAAUAAUAACGAUAAUUGAUUUAAUAAAUGAAGACAGAUUCAUGCGACAAAUGAGGGUAGAUAGAAAAAUAAAAUUCGGCACACGAAUAGAGUAAUAAUUUUAUUAAUUAUAAUGACAAUGGUAUUAUAUUUCUUGUAGACACUUUGUGCAAUUGUAAUUUCUAUUAACGGUUUGUGCAGUGAUAACUCGGCUGUAUUUGAGAGUGUAGAACCAUUCUGAGACGUCACUGUGAAUGUAUUCCAUAAUUAAAUUUCUAAUCCAUUA